UCGCAGGGCCCGCUCGCCUUCCUACUCACGAACCCGAUACGCGGGAUCACCAGAGGUGGGAUGAAUAUCUGGGAUAGGAAAUAUCGGGACUUCGAAGAGUAUGGCAUGGACAUAAUCAGUUCGGUCUCUGUUCUUCCGGAAGCGCACAAUGUAUUUGUGGUUGCCGAUGCGGCCGCAGUAAAGGAAAUCACUUCGUCUCGUACCCAGUUCCCAAAGCCAGUGAAACUGUACACAGUGCUGUCCUACUUUGGCGGAAAUAUUGUCGCAUCAGAAGGAGAAGAGUGGAAGCGCUACAGGAAGAUCGCUGCACCUGCAUUCUCCGAACGCAACAACAGGCUAGUUUGGGAAGAGACCGUCAAGAUCAUGGCAGACCUAUUCGAGAACGUAUGGGGUGAUCAGAAGGUCAUUACGGUGGAUCAUGCAGUUGACAUCACUUUGCCGAUCGCGCUCUUUGUCAUCGGCGUUGCUGGCUUCGGCAGGCGGAUGACCUGGCAGGAAGACUCCAAGCUUUCCCCAGGCCACAAAAUGACCUUCAAGGAGGCUCUGCACAAUUUCUCGCUAGAUUUCUUUAUUAAACUCACCACUCCUGACUGGCUCUUAAAGCUGGGCCUGACAGAGCGCAUGAAGCGGGCUAACUUGGCUUUCCAGGAGCUCGAGCAAUAUAUGCUGGAAAUGAUCCAUGCUCGACGGUACGCUGAGGAGAAGGAGGAACGAUACGAUCUGUUCAGCGGAUUGCUGGACGCCAGCGAGGAAGAGUUCGACGGCGAGGCGAAGCUUACGGAUCGGGAACUCCUCGGCAAUAUCUUCAUAUUCCUGCUGGCCGGUCACGAAACUACUGCACAUACACUGUGCUUCACGUUUGGGUUACUUGCGCUGUAUCCUGAGCAACAGGAGAAGCUCUAUAGGCAUAUCAAGAGUGUCAUACCCGAUGACAGAUUACCCACCUACCAAGAGAUGAAUUCGCUAAACGAGUCAAUCGCCGUAUUUAACGAGACACUCCGGCUGUUCCCACCUGUGAUCGCUGUCCCCAAGUACGCCGCCGAAGAUACUACGCUCGUCACUACCGAUAGUAGCGGUAACAAGGUCGUCGUCCCUAUCCCUCAAGGCAGCGGCGUUACGCUGAGCAUUGCAGGCCUGCACUACAACCCCCGCAAUUGGGAGGACCCGUACGCAUUCAAGCCGGAGCGAUUCCACGGCGACUGGCCGCGCGACGCGUUCCUGCCCUUCAGCGCCGGCGCGCGAGCAUGCCUCGGACGCCGUUUCUUCGAGACCGAGGGCAUCGCGAUCUUGACUAUGCUCGUCUCACGGUACACGAUUGAGAUCAAGGAGGAGCCGGAGUUCGCGGGGGAGACGUUCGAAGAGCGUAAAGAGCGGAUCUUCCAUUUAAAGGGGGGUCUGACAUUGACGCCUAUCCGGAUGCCUCUGGUGUUCAAGAGGCGGUAGCGAAGCAUGCUGUGCACUGGACCUCAAAACUAGCUCCACAUAUGAAUAUACUGCAUCUAACUGUGUUAAUGUAUGCCACCCUCUUUUCA